UCACUUCUUUUUUUCUCUUUCCUCUUUUCUAAAAGCCCAGAACUCAUCUGCGUCCCAAACCCACUUUCCUGUAAGUAGCUCUCAUGUCGUCGGAAAAAAUUGAAGAGAUUCAAAGGGAUGAACUCGUGGAUUAAAAAGAAUUUGAUAAGUUGAACCCUUUACUGACUCGGUGGAAGUGGAACUCAGAUUCAGAAAGGGCAAUCGGCAAAUAGGGAUUGGAGAAGCCAUUUCUAGCUUUACCUCACUCACAGACACGGUCUGUUUGUUUGCUUAGAAACCCAGGGAAAAUUACUAAACAUCAAAUCUUUAAUUACGUUCGUCGUUUCCAUUUCCAUUUCCAUUGCAACCACAACUUUAAUCAAUGGGAGCCCCUGAAAAUCCUGAACAAGCAGCAUCCGCGGAAAAUGAUACACCAAGACUGGCCGGAACAGUAAACUGGGGCACUGCAACUGUCGUUGGAGUGUUUGCAGGCAUGCUAUAUGGAGGUAGCAAGGAAGCAGCUGCUUCAACUAGCAAAGAUGCAGAAGUCAUGUUGAAGCUUGGCAGCACUCCUGAUAAGCGUGAGCAGUAUCGGUUGAUGCGAGAUGCAAUGGAGAAAAGGUUUAUCCGAGUCACUCGUGGUUCGAUAGUUGGUGGAGUUCGUCUUGGAAUGUUCACCGCUGCGUUUUAUGGUUUACAAAAUUUGCUGGCUGAGAGAAGGGGUGUGCAUGAUGUGUUCAAUGUUGUUGGAGCUGGUUCAGCAACUGCUGCAACCUUUGGUUUAAUUAUGCCAGGGUCUCUUAAAUGGCGUGCAAGGAAUGUGCUUCUUGGUUCAGCUCUAGGAGCAGCUUUUUGUUUCCCACUAGGUUGGAUCCACUUGAAGCUUGUAGAGAAAGCAAAUGAAGGGAUUGCAACUGAAAGGAGUGACACAAAGAGUGGUGUUGGUGCUGCCAUUGAGAGGCUUGAAGAGAACUUGAUAAAUAAAUAGAAAGGAAGAAUUCCAAAGGCAAAGCCUGCCUAGUUUGUCAUAUAUAAAGCAUGGAAGAAUGCAAAAAGGGGAGUUCCUUUAUUCUGCAUGCCAUUCAUUUGACAUAAUAAUCUUAUUCUCCCUUCCUUUAAUAGCGGUUCGAAUUUUUUUCAAUUCAAUUUUUGUUAUUGUGUUAUCCACUAGAUCACAGUUGAAAAGCAUAGAAGUGUAGAGCAUAUUUAUACUACAAACUAGAGUGUUUAGAAAUUUAUAAUCAUGAAGUGGGGCAAAUAUAAGGGAAACUCUUUU